CGGGAGUCGGAGCUUUUUACGAAACAAUGCGUCAUGACGUCAUCAAUCAGCGACUCACAGGGAACUCGUUUGUUGCUGCUCUUUGGAUAUGAAAUUUCGCCAAAAACAUACAUACACUUGGUAUAUUUGAAGAGUGUUAUUUGUGUCAAGUAUGAGCGGCGGUUUAGCACCAAGCAAAAGCACAGUGUAUGUGUCAAACCUGCCAUUCUCUCUGACCAACAAUGAUCUGCAUAAGCUUUUCACCAAGUAUGGAAAAGUUGUAAAGGUCACAAUUGUGAAAGAUAAAGACACUCGGCAAAGCAAAGGAGUUGCGUUUGUGCUUUUCCUCGACAGAGAAUCUGCACAUAAUUGUUCAAGGGAAAUCAACAACAAACAAUUGUUUGGCAGAACGAUUAAAGCGAGCAUCGCCAUCGACAACGGGCGAGCAACUGAGUUCAUCAGACGACGAAACUACACUGACAAGUCUAAAUGUUAUGAAUGUGGGGAUGUGGGACAUCUGAGCUACGCGUGUCCGAAAAACAUGCUCGGAGAAAGGGAGCCCCCGAAGAAAAAGGAAAAGAAAAAGAAGAAAAAAGCGCAAAAACCUGAACACUUGGAGGAAGAAGAAGAAAGUGAAGAGGAGGGAGAAGAUCCAGCCUUGGACAGUUUAAGUCAAGCUAUAGCUUUUCAGCAAGCCUAUGUUGAGGAAGAAGAAAAAAAGCAGAAGAGACGAGCAGAAGAGGAUAAUGUUCACGCUUCAACUUCCUCCGACUCCAAGAAACCAAGAAUCAAAAAGAGUGAUUACUUUAGUGAUGAAGAGGAGCUCUGUGACUAGAACACUCCUGUUUUUUCUGAGUAGAAUGAUGUUGAGUGUUUCUUUUUUUUGCAUAAAAGUACUGCAGACAUUAGAGUUUAAAUGUGUUGUUGUUUGUAAUGGUUUAUAAAGAUGGAUAUACCAACAUAUACUGUAUAUACUUGCUGUAAAAUAAGAAUGUACUUCUUUUAAUAAAAUAAUAACACUUUUUAUACA